UGACAUAGCACGGUCUCGUAUUGAUCGCAAUUCACAGUAGCACUUAAUAACGAGGUUCCAAAGAAGCAGUGAGGCGAGGUGUGGAUACGCAAAGCCCACAGGUGGAUGGAAUAGCACUGAUUUCUGCUUGUUUGUCCUCACCUGGUGACCUGGAGGGCCCUCGAGCUCGGCUUUUGUUCAUCACUUUUUAUUAAGGAAUUUUAGCAUCUUCCAUCACGUGUAGUUCAAUUUGACCGGUAAACCCUCAGCUGUUGCACAGCAGUUAACAGAGCAGCACAUCUCGGUGCCUGGGGAGAAGUGAUGAAAACCAAGUUACCAAAGCCACCUAUCUGCUCCUAAUUCAGCUUCUGCUGGGCUCCUUUAUUAGGCAGUGUAUAGAGAGACGCGUGUCCUAUGAAGCAUAUAGCUUGCCUUUCUUGGAGUGAAGGGAAACAGGAAGGCAAUUAAUAUUAUAUUUUCCAGAUGGACUCACUAAUAGAUUGAAAUAUGCAGAGAAGGUUAAAAAUGGGAUCUGUACUAAUAUGGGACGUAUAUGUACUCCAUGUCAAACAAGAGCACCUGGGAUAAGCAUUUUUUAACUAGCUAGUAGUUGUGUUCUAAAUCUCUGCAAGCCUGAUUCUGUGUUACUGAUUUCUCAGAAGUUACCUUCACUACCAAUUUCAAAGAGCAAUUGAAGUGCUUGGUUAUACCCUUGUAUUAGAAGAUAUAAGAAUCCCUUUAACUACCAUUUUAACAUCAGCCUUGAAGGCUUUCUAAUUUAUUCUUAUCCUGUAAUUACCAGCUGAAGCAGUGACAAUCAAAUCAGAUGUUUUCUCAGGUCUCCUUAUCCCGUACUUAAUCCAUUUCACUCCCUCCCUGCCCUUACAGGGCUGUUCCUUUUGCUAUCUGUGCUGAGGAUACCCGUGGUCCUCUUGUGCUUAACACAGUGAUGCAAUCAGAGUUCUAAAAGGAUAGUUAGUAAAGAAUAAGCAAGCUGUUCUAAACUUAGAUUAACCCGAAGCUAGCAAUGAAGUAUCCUCCAGUUCCUUUGGUGACUGAGCUGACUUUGCCUGUUUUCUUUUGCCUUUCUUUGCCAUAUGUACUGACACUGAUCAUAGUAGUGAUCUGGCUACGGCUCUUACUUAAUGAAGAAGAGAUGCCUCCUGCAGAAGAAACUAAGAAACAAUCUCUGAUUGCUGAUGUGUCUCAUUCUGAAUCUAAAUUUGAAGAUGAACCAACAGAUGAUGAAAGCCAGGAUGAUACAGCAAGUACAGAAUUUAAAGAGGACAAACAAUCUAGUGGUCCUGUGGGACAACCAAGGCCCAAACCUGCUUAUCUGAGUUCAAAGCCAAAAGCAAACUGCGAGCUCAGACAGCUGGUCCCAGAACCAAAGAUAAAACCCUCCCACGUGGGAAGGAGUGUUCUCUGUAACAUCAUGAUGCUGCUGUGCUCCAUGCUUUGGUCUCUCAUCUGGACUUUUCUCAGCCAUUUGCUCCAGAUCUGUAAUGUCCUGAGGAUUCGGCUUCUGCCAUCCUCUCUGGUUGUCGAUGUGGCUCGGCUUUGUGAUUUGCUGCGUGGAAAUGUUGUGAAAAUCCUGGGCUCCCCGAGGCUACAAAGCAGACGGCUGUUAACUUCAAUCUUGGGGAUGAGAUACAAGAAAACAGAACAGAGUGCGGUUCAGAGGACUGCCUCAAGGUAGAAAUGAAGCUGGUAGUUCUAUGACCAUUAGUAGCAAUCCUGUUCAGCAUCAGUGAAAGCUACUCCAGCAUGGCAGGGAGAGGUUAAUUCUCUAAUAAAGAAAUGCAGUCAGGACUAAGCUGCUGCACUCAAGUCACAGCAGCUACUUUCCAAAUAACCAGUAUUGACUGGUUGUAUGUUAUUAAAUGGACCACAGCAAGUAGUAUCUCACACAGAGCUUGGAAGUGUACUCUGCUACUCUCCUACUGCAAAGUACAAAUCACUUUCAGAGUGGCUAAACGCCCUUAGCCUGUAUGGAGCUGCGCAGAAUACACCCU